CUUGCUGGGAUGGCGGCAGAGGUAGCAGCACCGGAGUCGCUGGAGGGAAGUGGCAGUCAGGAAGACGCGGGUCCUAGCAGUCCCCCUGCAGCACACCCAGCUCCGUGUCCUUCGAAACAAGCCAGGCUGCCGCUGUCCCGGAUAAAAGCUUUGAUGAAAGCGGAUCCGGACCUUUCAUUGGCCAGUCAGGAGUCCGUGUUUGUCAUUAGUAAAGCGACGGAAUUAUUUAUAGAAACCAUUGCCAAGGAUGCUUACCUAUAUGCGCAGCAGGGAAAGCGAAAAACACUGCAAAGGAAAGAUUUGGAUAAUGCUAUAGAUGCCAUUGACGAGUUUGCUUUCCUGGAGGGUACUUUAGACUGA